AAAGAUUUACAUUCUGUCAUUCUGUUUCCAGUUUGUCAAGUUAACUGUUUUUUAGUAACAUACAGUGUGUGUCAAUAAGUUGGAAAACGCCUGUUUUAUAUAGCCGUUUUUGAUUUUUUAAAUAUUUUUGAAUUUUUUUAUAGGGGUUAAUUGAUUACUUAAAUGACUCAUUUACGAUUAAAACAAUAAUACAGGAUAUUUCUUUUAACGCUAGCCACUAGAUUUCUUUUAAAAUAAUGAUUUUUUUAAAAUGUUAUUUGGAUUUUAUUAGUUACAUAUUUAUAGCCUACAUAAUACCUUGGUCAAUUAUUGGUUUUUCAAUAAAGUAUGCAGUCGGUAAAGUAUUGUCUAAAGUAUUAUUAAUAAAUAUAUCGCGAUCAUCUAAUUUUCAAAGUCAUUCCAAUAUAACUUUAUAUAACUAAAAAUAUCAACAUUCACUAUUUUAUUACAAUUGAAAUUUUUUAAUACAUUUCUCUUUAUUACUGGCAUUGAGGUGAAUUUUUCAAAACUAUGGCGCUGAUAGCUUCAAUUAAAUAUAUUUUAUGAUCUUUAAACGUAUCGUUUAGUAAAAUCGUGGCCAGUAAUAAAAAAACAAAUACACGUCAGAGUAAAACUAGUAACUUUAGCUGCACAAGUACUAUAUGAGCUCUCUAGCUUGCACAAUCGAAUGUUGAUUUAAUCACUGGGACUACUAAAAAUUAUCUAAAUAUAACGAAAAAUCAUCCAACAUCUUGUUAGCGAUUUUCAAUUGGCCAUCGACAUUAUCAAAUAAAUUGAACCGUAUGUUUUCUAAAGAUAAUUUCAUUAGUUUUUGGUACAAAAAUUUUAACUUUUACUUGAAACUGUACCUUCAAGUUUUAAGAUGCGGUGUUCAUGCCAUGACAGUUACGGUCGUAUUGCCUGAUAAUUUUUUUCAGUAAUAAAUGUUUCAAGGUAUUAUUUUAUAAAACCUUUUAGUUUGCCUAAACACAUAGGCUGAUCACUGAUGUCGGGAAGGGUCGUUUUUGUCGGAAUGACAAUCCCAUUUAUUAACUCCAAUAUAAAUAACACUAAACUUUUUAUUUAAAAAAAAUUUAGAUGUAUUAAUAAGUUCAGUCGAGUUGGAAACUGAUGUUUCAAUUGCAUUUUGAAUUUGGUGAACUAGUAAAAAAUUCUACAUCUAUGCUGUAUACAUCUAGUUGCUUACGGUCUUUGACCCUUGUUAAUAUCAUUAAUUUUUGACAAUGUUUCGGCACAAGGCCUAUGAAUUAUACAUUAAUAAAUAAUACAUAAAUUUUGUAGUUAUCUCCUAUAUAUUAAAUCGGAAAUGAAAUGAAAUAAGUCAGGAAGGCCGGAUCGUAGGCUAGAAAAUUCCUUCCCGAACACUGCUAAACAAUACACAUUGGAUUUAUUAUUUUUUCGCAAUAUUUUCACAAAAUCUAGUGCGAAAAAAUGGUUUUAGCUAUGCUAGCUAGUACUAAUACUAAUUCAAUACAACGAAAUAUUUUAGGUAAAAAUGUGGCACCCUCUAGCGGUGGAUAGUUACAAUAUUCAAUCGGUAACCGAUAGUAACUACCAGUGUUUGUAUGUGAUAAGAAAUUACUCCAAAGGGAAUUACUUACUUCAAGUCAUUUUCAUUUUUGUAUAUAUAAAGAAGUAUAGUCGAUGAAUCGCAUUUAUGAAAGUAGUGACUAAUUUUUAAUUGACAUAAUUAAAGAAGAUCUAGAAUAUCAUUGACAAUUAUUUCUACUAUAAAGUUUUAAAUUAUGGCUGCUACUAGAGAACGUCGAGCUAAUGCAGGUAAUAAAUUAGCACGUUUGUUAGAUGAGGAAGAAGAAGAUGAUUUCUAUAAAACUACAUAUGGAGGCUUUGAAGAAGAGGAGCAAGAUAACGAUUUUCAAUUUGUAGACGAUGAUGCUCCUGAUGAAGUUGAUUCGGACUUUAGUAUUGAUGAAAAUGAUGAAGUAAUAUCUGAUAAUGAAGAUGAUGAAAAGCCUCAAAAAAAAAUUAACAGAUACCAAGAGCCAAAAGCUCCCAAACCAGUUCUGCCAAAAGAGUCUUUGAAAAGGAAACGUUCUCGAACUGAAAAAGUUGCUGAAACCUCUUAUGAACGUAAAUCUAUAAGACAAUCUACUGCAGUGAAGUCUAAAGAAACUAUAGAACGUAUAAAAGAACGACGGCGUAAGAAAAAACGUGCAAAACCACCAACCCAAGAAGAAAUGCCUACUCAACAAGAGUUGUUAGAAGAAGCUAAAGAAACUGAGUUGGAAAAUUUAAAAUCUCUAGAAAAGUUUGAAAAAUUAGAGUUAGCUAAAAAACAAACACGUGUAAAACAACAUGUAUUUUACACGGCUACUAUUAAGUUUCGAAGCAGAGCAGUUCCUGCUCAAAUUUUAGAUGAAGAAACAAUUAAUAUUGAGACUGAUGAUCAAGAUGUGAAACGAGAUAAUCGAGAUUAUGUUGAAUGUACUACACUUACGGUUAAUGAUUAUGAAGAGGCUAAACGUUUAUUUCCAACUAAAUUGUCUGUACCUCCAAAACCACAUAGAAAAUGUUUAUUCACGGGAGAUUAUGCUAGAUAUGUUGAUCCUCUAACGGGACAUCCUUACAAAAAUCAAAAAAUAUUUUCUAUUUUGAGAUCUGUGUACUCUAUUCAUUUAGAUGAGGUACUUAAUCAAAAUCAAACUUAAAUAUUUA